AUGAAAUUAAGCACAUCAGAAGACCCAAGUGAAGUUUUCGAGCUGAAAAACCAAGUUCAUAAGCAUAAAAAACUGGUUGCAAAGCUCAAACAGCAGCUAGAAGCGAAAGCACAAACAUUAGCCACGUAUGAGUAUCUACUUAAGCAGCCAUCUACGUCAGUUUAUAUGCAUAGGAGCAUGCUUGACAAUAAAGCUGCAAAAUGCCCAUACUGCUCAAAGUGCUUUAUGGGGACUGAUUUUCUGGAAAAGCAUCUCAGCAGAAGACAUCCAAGUAAUGCUCCUCCUCAUAAAGAGCAAGAAAGACCUCAAACAGAACCAAUCCCAAAAAUUAAUAAUCUGGAUCAAAUAUUAGAAAGCAUGCAAAAUAUAGUCACAACACAAGCGAGCAUUCUGAAGCAGUCAUUUGAUAAGCAAGCCACAGAGCUGCAAGGCAUUUUUGAGCGCCAUAUUCAGGAUUCUUCAAGAAAUAGGAGUUUUAAUGAGACGGAGUAUUACACUCAGACCCCUUUGUCAUUUCAGCAAAGUAUAAGUACUAUAAAGCUUGAAAAACUAUCUCAGCUCCAGGAGCAGAAUGAAUCAAUUCUUAAAGAACAAGAAUCAGAAUUACAAGUCUUAAAAGCUGAAAACAUGGCGUUAAGGAACGAAUACGCAACUUUGCAUCUCCAUUUAAGCCAGUCAGGAAAGCUCAGCCCUUCAUCAAUGCAUAAUAAAUACAAAGGAAAAGAAGUCAUCAAGCCAAAACUCAGCAGAUACCGAAGUGAGUCAGGAGAAGAACAAGACACUGAUCUGCUUUGAAAUAAUUUUGAGCAUGAGAUAAGGCUAGAUGGAGACAGAAGUCCUUAUCGCAAUAAAAUAGAACGAUUAGAAGAGGUAUCUUUUACCAGAAAAGGACCUGCUUUAGGAAGCGAGCUGCACAGUGACAACUUUACGUAUUCAGGAGAAUUGACUUUUUCUGAUAUCCCAGAAUCUGACGAAAGCAGCCCUGACCAAUACUUGCACCCCAUUUCAGACCCAACUACUAAAGAUAUCAUCAAAGCAGCCAAAGUUUUGCGGAUGGACCCCAAAAAAGACGCCCAGUAUUUAAAUGUGGCAGUGGAAUUUUUAAAAAACCCUUUGCAGAAGCCCUGGACAUAUUUUGAGGAUAAUGGAAUAAUCAGAUUUAGGAAUCUAGAAACAGGAGAAGUCACAGAAAAACACCCAGGAAUUGAAUGAUUUAUUGAUUUAUAUACAAAACUGAAGGCGAAGAAACUAAAUACUAUUGCCAAGGCGAGGAGUCUGAUGCAGAAUAAGCGAAAUUAUAUUUUACAAGAAAAAUACAACAGCGGGAUUCAAGUGUUUUUCAAGCAUGAAAAAGCAGCUUUUCAGGCAAAAAGAGCGAAAACUGACCAAUUGAUAGACGACUAUAUGAAGAAAAUAAAGCAGACUCAUAGCUUGAUUAUGAAAAUUGAAGAAGAAAGGGAAAAGAAAAUCGCAAGUGGGUCAAUUUAUGUUAGGGCUAAUGAUCUGAUUAAUGCUGAGGUCUUGGCUCUGGUUAAUUCGUAUAAGCUCCGUAAUGCUUAG